CUGUAAUCAAAGUUUUCUGUCGUCUUGGCGUUUCAACAAGUACAAUUUGCUACUAGAAUUCUGUCAAUCGAAGGCAAUGGGAUCCAAAAUAGUUUCGGACGCCAACGCUUUUGUUAAAUUUCUGAAGUUAUGCCAAGAUGAAAGUAAAGACAACUGCACGUAUAUGGAUGACGUUUCAGUGCUGCUUGUGAAGAAGGAACAGCUUUUGCACGACAUAAUCGGUGAAAAAAAUCAGCCCAUCUUCAUCUGCGAGAAAGCACAAACCAAGUAUGAACCCGAAGCUACAGAAACGUCAGCAGACACCAGUGAUGUUGAAGACGUUCUCUUUAAAGUGGAGCAGGAUCCGGGGCCACAGCCUCUCUCCAUCAUGAAAGCAAGACAACUGUUGUCAUGGUACACCAUGGCUCAUAACCCCAACAUGAGCCGACUGAAAGCCCCAGAGAAUCUGCACCCUCUCUGGGUUCGUUGUGACAAGUCGGACCCAUGUGCCACUGCCUGGCUUGGAGUAGAAAUCACCUACAGUGGGAACAAAACCAGUGGUGUCAAAUUGUACACGGUCUGCUGCAAAGGUCCAACAGGAGAUGAAACUGCGUUCACCACUUUGGAUGAGCUUAAGCAAGAGCAUCAGAACAGACACCAUACUUCUGCAGUAUCAACCAAAGGCUAUGCACAGUACAACCUGUUUUGCUCUUUAACAGAGGAGAGCUUGAUGUUUGAGUCUCAGAGCAGUGUAAUCGCAAGCCUCACAUGGAACCAUGUGGAGAAAAUGUUGGAGUGUCCACCAUUGUCUUCUAAAGCAACUCUGAAUAUCAAAGUUGCAGUUGGAGACAUAAGAAGUCCAUUGUAUCAGACCUACAGAGAGAUGGAGUUCCUCCUGGCUCUGGCAGGCGGUUUGCGAACAGGAGAAAUCGAAUGGUUGGAACCAGUGGAGACUCAAUCUGCAGUGGACCUGACCAGAGCACUGAUAGAGGAGCUUGAGAACCUUGCGCAUGGAGUGCCAGGACAUUCUGCCAAAGCUUCUGAGAAGCAGAAAGCUAAACCAGAUGCUGCCUUUAGUUCAAUGGUAAUUGAGAGAGGAGACCUUGACUUUACAGAACAACUGUGGGAGAAGAUGAGAAAGAGUGUAACUUCGUAUCAAGACAUAACAGAAUGCAUGAAAAUUGUUGUCAAAGCAGUGAAACUUGGCAAAAUCAAACCAUGGAUUCAUAAAGACAGCAAUAGCACUCUCAGCAAGUUGAUCCUGCAGUCGUACCAGCAGCAGAUUGACAGCGUUCCUCUCACUGGUCUCGCACCCGCUAAUAUGCUGCUAGAAUUGGGCCUGGACAAGAUCAGGAAAGACUUCAUCAACUACCUUGUUGGGAAGGAACUUACAACUCUCAACUAUUUGAGUUACUACUUAGACACUGAGGUGGAUCUGCAGGAGCAGGUGGUUAGAGUGAGAAAACUGCACCACCUGCUGGAGAUCCUGGGCACCUGCAGCACUUUCCUCAGUCUUCCUCACGAGCGCCUUUUCCUUUUCACUCAGUCCUGUUUGCAGUACUAUAAAACAUCCAACUAUGAUGAGGACCACAUCUUCCAGUUGCAAAUUAAACCGGCGCUCAUUAGCUACUUUUAUGAGAAAGAGCAGCCGUUCUCUUGGGCCGUGGAGGUGUCUAGUGGACAGGGGUCAAAGGAAGUCAAGACAUCAUUGUACCUCAGUGACAAACCCCUAGUAGACCACAUUCAUUUGGACUUAGAUGUAUCCUUAAAUGAGUCUGUAAAUGGAGAUAGUGAGAAGAUGUUUUACUACAGGACCAUGGUGAGCUGUAGUCUCAUCAACUUCAUUUAACAAAGAUGGAGACUUUCACAGAUGGACACUCCUUUCAACAUUGUAUUCCAGAAUUUUCAUUUUCUGUGCUAUUUAACUGGCUUGUUUAAUUCUGUUAAUUGUGCUAUGCUUAAUACAUUUAUAAAAGAGUCACAUUGUCUGACAAUAAACAUUUCCAACACCUGA